AUGUCUAUCGAUGUACAGGAAGCAAUCAAAGCGAUCAGGGACAUGCACGCUAUUAUGGAUGCGGAGGAGGACUAUCUAACCAUCGUCGCUGCAGAGGAGAGGAUGAUCGAGUCGGACCAGAAGAGAAAAGAAGAACUAGAGAAGGCGAACGCAAAGUUAAAGGCGUUGACCCGAACACUCGAAGCUGCGCGGAUAUCUUCGACGCGCCCACCCUCUGUGCCGUCGCAGGAAGAGCACAUAGCCAUGCUGAACAAGUUGGACAGCACCAAGCUGUCCUUGGCCAAGGCCAUAAGUGAUGCUGAGGGCAUGGUAGGCAGUAAGGAAGCUGAACUAGCCAAGUUGAAGGAGGAGGCUCGAGCACUGGAAGCCUACGACCCUGCCGUUGAACAUGCCAAGGAACUCGAUGGUUCUGCGCUGCGGCUUCAAUUAUACCAGGGAAUGGGCUUCGAGCCAAUAUAUGACCCAGACCGCAAAGUAGCGAAAAUGCUUAUUCGCUCCACCUCUGGGGACAUUCACACUAUCGACUUUGCAUCUGUCAAAUCCGACUUUGACUACACCCAGUUACUCUGGAAAGUUGCCAACUCUUGA